GGGCAGCGACCAGCACGUCAGUCAUCUGAUCCCGGGCGCUGAUUGGCUAAUUCCAUCAGCCAAAGGCGUGGUCACUAGAGGGUCGCGGCCUGGUUGUCGUUGCUACGUGAAGUCGAGCCUGAGUGGUUGGUAUCCCACCGGGGAAUAAAAAUGAUUGAGAUCAUUUGCAACGACCGUUUGGGAAAGAAGGUUCGCGUUAAGUGCAAUCCUGAUGAUACCAUACAAGACCUGAAGAAGUUGAUCGCUGCACAAACUGGAACAAAAUGGGACAAGCUGGUCUUGAAGAAAUGGUACACCAUUUUCAAGAAUCAUGUUCAAUUGGAGGAUUAUGAGAUUCAUGAUGGAAUGAACUUGGAGCUCUAUUAUCAAUGAAGUGUAUUCCAGCCUGAGAAGUUUGCCACAAAUAACAGCUUGCGGGGAAAUAAGCUUAUGGCUUCAGAAUGAACACUUGUGCUUUUCUGAACAGUACUUAUUUUUCUUUAGUUUUGUGAAAUUAUUUCAGAAUACUUGAUUUCUUUGUCCAAUACAAGUUGCUUUUCAUUUCCAGUGUUUAUUAGCAAAUAAAAGUAUCAAUCUGUGUAAUUGCACACGUAUCUAUUCCUUCCCAUCCUGACCAUAAUCUCUUCUACUUAGCACACAGUAUUAGACUAAAUUUUGCCUUGAGUAUGCUGCUACACAUGGGAGUCUUGCUGUUGCUACUGUUUCCAUUCAUUUUAAAAUAUAAGAAUUGCCAACAAUCUAAUUCAAGAAAUUGAAGCUUUAUAUGUUUUCUGAAAUUUAGAAUCUCAUGUCUGAUUUAACAAAGAUUGAAGGAAGCCAUCUCAUUGCAUAUUCCCCCCUCGUGCAUCCACCCCCCCCCCCCCCAUCUCUGCAGAAGCAAGUUCAUUAACUAGUUUGCAUUGUUAGCCGGGUAUCAGAAAACCACUUCUGUGUCUUAUUUGAAUGGAAUUAAAGUGGAGAUGUGCUUUA